CGUGGUGUUACGGCGGGGGGAGUGCGGGUGGGAACAGGCACGGCGGUGGCGGUCACCGAGAAAGACACCGACAUCACAGGAGCGGCGGCGAGUACCGGAGAGAGCUAUUCUUGAUCUUGAAGAGGAAGACGCGGCAACUAAACUUCAGCCAUCCAGAAUGGCAGCUGACUGGAUCUGCAAAGUGUUCAAGAACCAGAAAACUCUCUGAGCAAUGGUUUACACCUAAGUAAAUGAAGAUUUUGAAGCAUUAAAGGAAAUAACUAUCCACUUUGCUUUGGAUAUUUUCCUCCGUCAUAGAGAAAAAAAUAUAUUUUAUAGCAGGUUUAGUUUCCUAUUUUAAUGGUUUUGAGAAUGCAUCGCGAUGGAGGGGACUGAAGUGUUAAUAAGCAUGCGAGAGGAUCCUAGUUUUCAUGUACGCUACAGAAUGGAGGCAUCCUGCCUGGAGCUGGCUCUGGAAGGAGAGCGUCUGUGCAAGUCUGGAGACUGUCGCGCUGGAGUGUCUUUCUUUGAGGCGGCAGUGCAGGUGGGAACGGAAGAUCUGAAAACUCUCAGUGCCAUAUACAGUCAGCUGGGAAAUGCAUAUUUCUACUUGCAGGAGUACAACAAAGCACUGGAAUACCACCACCAUGACCUAACACUUGCAAGAACUAUUGGUGAUAGACUCGGCGAAGCCAAAGCAAGUGGAAACCUUGGCAACACUCUGAAAGUCUUGGGUAACUUUGAUGAGGCAGUUUUGUGUUGUGAGCGGCACUUGGAUAUUUCCCGAGAGUUGUAUGACAAGGUUGGGGAGGCCAGAGCUCUUUAUAAUCUAGGGAAUGUGUACCACUCGAAAGGAAAGAGCCUAGCUUGCACUGGGACGCGAGACCCCGGCGAGUUUCCAGAGGAGGUGAAAGUGGCUUUGCAGAGGGCUGUGGAUUAUUAUGAGGCCAAUUUAUUAAUUGUAACAGAUCUAGGGGACAGAGCAGCACAAGGACGUGCAUAUGGAAACUUGGGGAAUACUCACUAUUUACUGGGAAACUUUCGGAAAGCUGUCAUGUCCCACGAGCAGCGACUUUUAAUUGCCAGAGAAUUUGGUGACCGAUCAGCAGAAAGAAGAGCGUACAGUAACCUUGGGAAUGCAUUCAUCUUCCUGGGUGAAUUUGAAAUGGCAGCAGAGUACUAUAAACGGACCCUGCAGCUGGCCCGGCAGCUAAAGGACAGGGCUGUGGAAGCACAGAGCUGCUACAGCCUGGGGAAUACAUACACACUACUUCAGGACUAUGAGAAAGCCAUUGAUUAUCAUCUGAAGCAUCUCGUCAUCGCUAAGGAACUCAGUGACAGAGUGGGAGAAGGCCGAGCAUGUUGGAGCCUGGGGAAUGCAUACACUGCCUUAGGAAACCAUGACCAGGCCGUACACUUUGCAGAGAGGCAUUUGGAUAUUUCAAGAGAGUUGGGAGAUCGUAAUGGUGAACUGACUGCACAGCUGAACCUGUCUGACCUACAGAUGGUACUGGGACUUAGCUAUAGUACUAAUACUUCAGUACUGUCUGAAGUACAGGAUGUAGACUCCAAUUUACUUGGUGCCCGGCCACGGUUAAGUAGACGUCACAGCAUGGAGAACCUGGAACUCGUUAAAUUAAUGCCAGAUAAGGUACAGAACUGGAACAGUGAGAUCCUUGCAAAACAAAAGUCCCUUGUUUCCAAGCCUUCAGCUAAACUCAUGUUUGUGAACAGACUUAAAGGCAAAAAGUUUAAGAACAGUGCGUCCAAAGUGUUGCAGGACACCAGCAACUCCUCCGAUGUCAGCAGGAGGACUGCUAACUCCCAGCGGAAAACAACAAUGCCAGACAGUAUUGGGGAUGAGGGGUUCUUUGAUUUAUUGAGUCGAUUUCAAAGUAACCGAAUGGACGAUCAAAGGUGCAGCUUACAGGACAAGAACAUCUUGGGUGUCGCCACGGCCACGUCUUCCACCACUCCAAAGUCCAUGAGAAAAUCUCUCUCUACAUCUGCCGUCUCCCCUCACACUGAUGAAUUUCUGGACCUCAUUGCCAGCUCACAGAGCCGACGGUUGGAUGAUCAGAGGGCCAGCUUUAGUAACCUGCCUGGGCUGCGGAUGAGCCAGCAACACAGUAACUCUGUCCUGGGACAUCUGAUGGCCACUGAGAACCGUGAGCCGGAUGAAGAUUUCUUUGACAUGCUGGUGAAAUGUCAGGGUUCCCGCUUAGAUGACCAACGCUGUGCUGCUCCUCCCCCCCCAAAGAAAGGUCCCACUGUCCCAGAUGAAGACUUCUUCAGUCUUAUCCUGCGUGCCCAAGCCAAGCGUAUGGACGAGCAGAGAGUGCCCUUGUCCUCACACUUAAAGAGACCAAACUCCAGUUAGGGGAAGCUGCCAUACUGUACCCUUUCCCUGUUAAUAAUAGAGCUAAAAAGAAAAGUCACGGGUUUUUCAUAGUACUGUAUUUUUUAGGUUGUUCCUGAAAAGUAGAACGACAUAUAUUUGAUCUUUUUUCCUCCGCCAUAUGCUGCAGGCACUUUCUGUAAUAGGUGCCUCUGCUGAAUAAUUCUUCUAUCAUCCGAAUGCCUAAACACUGCCCCUGUAUCAUGCUCUCUCUUGUGGGCUGACUGACUUGCCUUUUCUAGUGCUAGAGAUACUCCCAGUACAAAUCUCACACGUGUAGAACUGAUUGCUGAACUCUUGUAGCGCUGGGAAGCUGACACUUGAGCAUAGGAAUUGCUUUGUAAGUAGCGUACAGGCUUUCAGAGUGGAAAGUAUGUUUGUUUGUGUUUGGAUAUAUUUAUACUUUUAUAAAUAUGCUAUGAAAAAUAAAAGGUUUAGAUCAAUGGGGCCAAGGGUUAGCACUGUGCUAACCCAUUGCACUUACUGGUAAAUCUAGACCAUAAUCUAAAGCACUACAGAUUGUUCAUAGUUAUGUAAAUAUUCUUUGUAAUCUGUCAUUAUUUGGUAGUGUAAUCUUUUAGCUGCUGUGUCCCUGCUGUGCUCAGGUGCCUCUAGUGGUAAAAUCAUGGUACUUCAUUCUGUAUUAAAUACAUGGGAGGUGGGGGGUGAUCUAAUAAUCCUCCAGUUUUAUAGAUUCCCCUCCCAAGAAGUGGAAGGGGGCCGUGCAAGCACAUUUAUUAUUCUACAAGGGCUAUUCUUACUUGGAAGAAGGUACUAUCAGUGUUUUGUGUUGUCUGGAUUGUUUUGUUCUUUUUUUUAAGUCCAGUUGUGUAAUAUAAUAUUUUAAUGUAUUUUUAAGAAGAAAAAAAAAAUGAUUUUCUUACACCACUAAUUACUUUUUUGAUGGUUUUACAAUGUACAUUUAUUAUCCAAAACAGCCAGGUGUGAGAUGUGACCAGGAAUAAAACCCAGUGUAGAACACACAGCCUGUUCUUAAGAAUGA